AUGAGAACCUGAGGAGGUUGAUCCACCGAGACGCCGACCAGCCGCAGGAUGAGUUCUGCUCAGAGUCUGGAGGACAAACUGGAGGCUCUGCAGAGCCACUUCACCUGGGGGCUCCAACCCUCCAGGUCCAAACUGACCUACCUGAGGAACCGACUGGAGGACAUCGGUACAGAUGAGGGAAACUUCUGGCUGGGUCACGUCUACAACCUGCUGGGCUUCAUCCAGUACCAGCUGGGCUCCUCUGAAGACGCCCUGAACCUCUUCAACCGGGCCGCUGAGACCUUCCAGAGGCAGAAAAACGCUGAUGAAGGUCCCUGGUUGAUGGUGAACUUUGGGAAUCUGGCCUGGCUGCACCAUCACCUGGGAGAAGAUGAGAAGAGUGAAGACUACCUGUCAAAGGUCGACGGUCUGAUGAGGAAAUACCCAGCUCCACCUGAGUUAGAGCGCCACCCAGAGGUCUUAGCUGAGAAGGCCUGGACCCUGAUGAAGUUUGAUAAAGAGAAGAAGCUGGAGGCUGCAGAGCUCUUCCAGAGAGCCAUCAAGAUGCAGCCGGACACCGUGGAGUGGCAGAGCAGCUACGCCAUACUAUCAACAGAGUUCCUCACAAAACGCCAGACCAUCUUAGAGCCUGAAGUCUUUGAGAGACUGAGAUCAGCUAAAGAACAAGAUCCAGGUAACUUAUAUGUUGCUGCUCUUUAUCUGGAGGCACGCGCUGCAAAACAAGAACAAAUCCAUGAUGAAGCAAAAGAGUUAGCUGAGAGGAUACUGGAGAGACCGAUGAACGGCUACUGUGGAUUUGGUCCAUUGCUGCGUCUUUACAGAAAGCACAUCUCUAAAGAUGAAGCUGUUGAAAUAGCCAAAGAGGCUCUGAGGAGACAUCCAGACUCACGAUAUACCAAAAAGUCUUCUGCAAAAUGCUACAGAAAGCAGAUCUUUGGUAAACAAAGUAACCCAGAUGGCAGCAGGAUGGAUGAAGCAAUCUGUCUGUGGGAUGAAAUGAUUGCUGCUCAUCCUGAAUCUGGCCUUAAAGACAAAAUUACUCUAGCAGAUUUACAUGCAAAGCAACAAAAGACAAAAGACAAAGCUGACAAGAUUUACAAAAAGCUGCUGGAAGAAAGAGAAGAUCUGGAUCCAGCAGGAUUACAGAUGCUUUACUGUCGCUACGCAAAGCAUUUAUACUUCAGCGGACACGAUAGUGGCAGGUCCAUCGAGUACCACAUGAAGGCAGCAGAGAUCCAGGAAACAUCCAAGUAUCGAAAGAAGAGCCUCAGGCAGCUGAAGACGACUGUGAAGAGAAGCACAAACCCUGAGCUGUACAGGAGGAUCAGGGAGGUUGAGACCAGCCUGAGGAAUCAGCCCAACUGAAGAUCAGAGACCCUGAAUUAUCCACAGGUUGAGGAGUUUUUCCAUCAUUGGAUGUUCAGCUUUGAGAAUGAACAAUGAAUCAGGAUGAAUCUUACUAUCUGUCUUACACUGAACAUGACGAGAAGUUUCACAUCAACACACCAAAUUAAUGAUGUAAACAUUAAAUCAGUUUGCUCCAUAAGCUCUAAUGUCCUUUUUCUGCUGUAAGAACAGUAAUGAGGAAGUGUGGUUUUAACUGCUUUGAAUUCGCAGAACUUUGGGUGAAUUUAUUAUCUUCAAAUAGGCAGCAUGUGUGGAUCAGAAAUGUUUGUUUUACACCUCCUGUGUCUGCAACACAUUUUGAAUAAAACACAAUAUCUAAAUCAUUCCUCAUAAAACUCUCCAGCAGAAAGUCAGACAUUUUGUAUCACAGCUCUUAUUUUGACAUUAUGCAAGCAUCAUAUUUGAACCAACUCCACUAUGGGAUUAUGACAAACUAGGUUUAAUUUGCUGUAAAGGGAUUAAAAGUUAUCAAAAUACUGACUUUUUUUUCCCAGAGGCUGUUAGGGUGACAAGAUAUCUU